AUGAACAAUGUAAUUACUUUCAUUGGAAAUUCAUCAAAUAAAUAUUUCCAAAUUAAUCAACUUCAUUUUAUUAGGAUCAUCAAUAAAAAUAUACAUUCUAAGAAUAAUCUUUUUUUCUCUAAUUCAUCUUAUCAUUUUUUAAAUAAUAAAUAUUUAAUAUAUAACACAUUUCAACAUAAAAAUAAACUAUCCUCCAUAUAUUCCAAAUUUUACUCUUCCAUUAAAAACAUGUGUAACGAUAAAAACGAAAAAAAAAAUUAUGAACAUGUUAAUGCGAAUGAAAAAAAUGGCUACCUAGCUAGCGAAAAAAACGAACUCACCAAAAAUGAGGUAGAGGAACAUACAUAUGAUUAUGAUUAUGUUGUAAUAGGAGGAGGUCCAGGUGGAAUGGCUUCAGCAAAAGAAGCUGCAGCACAUGGUGCUCGAGUUUUAUUGUUUGAUUAUGUAAAGCCAAGUAGUCAAGGAACAAAAUGGGGUAUAGGUGGAACGUGUGUGAAUGUAGGAUGUGUACCAAAAAAAUUAAUGCACUAUGCAGGUCAUAUGGGGAGUAUAUUUAAAUUAGAUUCGAAAGCAUAUGGAUGGAAAUUUGACAAUUUAAAACAUGAUUGGAAGAAAUUAGUUACAACUGUACAAUCUCAUAUACGUUCAUUAAAUUUUAGUUAUAUGACUGGUUUAAGAUCAUCAAAAGUUAAAUAUAUUAAUGGUUUAGCCAAAUUAAAAGACAAAAAUACAGUAUCUUAUUAUUUAAAAGGGGAUUUAUCAAAAGAAGAAACUGUUACAGGGAAAUAUAUUUUAAUAGCAACAGGAUGUAGACCACAUAUACCAGAUGAUGUUGAAGGUGCUAAAGAAUUAAGUAUUACAUCUGAUGAUAUAUUUUCAUUAAAAAAAGAUCCAGGAAAAACAUUGGUAGUUGGAGCAUCAUAUGUAGCCUUAGAAUGUUCAGGUUUUCUUAAUUCAUUAGGAUAUGACGUAACAGUAGCUGUUCGUUCAAUAGUCUUAAGAGGUUUUGAUCAACAAUGUGCCGUUAAAGUAAAACUUUAUAUGGAAGAACAAGGAGUUAUGUUUAAAAAUGGCAUUUUACCAAAAAAACUAACAAAAAUGGAUGAUAAAAUAUUAGUCGAAUUUAGUGAUAAAACUAGUGAAUUAUAUGAUACUGUUUUAUAUGCUAUUGGAAGAAAAGGAGACAUUGACGGUUUAAAUUUAGAAUCAUUAAAUAUGAAAGUAAAUAAAAGUAAUAAUAAAAUUAUAGCUGAUAAUUUAAGUUGCACUAAUAUUCCUUCCAUAUUUGCUGUAGGAGACGUAGCUGAAAAUGUUCCUGAAUUAGCACCCGUAGCUAUAAAAGCAGGAGAAAUAUUAGCUAGACGAUUAUUUAAAAAUUCAGAUGAAAUAAUGGAUUAUUCAUAUAUUCCUACAUCUAUAUAUACACCUAUUGAAUAUGGUGCCUGUGGAUAUUCAGAAGAAAAAGCAUAUGAAUUAUAUGGUAAAUCAAAUGUAGAAGUAUUUUUACAAGAAUUUAAUAAUUUAGAAAUAUCAGCUGUUCAUCGACAAAAACAUAUAAGAGCACAAAAAGAUGAAUAUGACUUGGAUGUUUCUAGUACAUGCUUAGCUAAACUUGUUUGUCUAAAAAAUGAAGACAAUCGAGUUAUUGGGUUCCAUUAUGUAGGUCCGAAUGCAGGAGAAGUUACACAAGGAAUGGCUUUAGCUUUAAGAUUAAAUGUUAAGAAAAAGGACUUUGAUAACUGCAUAGGUAUUCAUCCAACAGAUGCUGAAUCGUUUAUGAAUUUGUUUGUUACUAUUUCUUCUGGAUUGUCUUAUGCAGCUAAAGGAGGAUGCGGAGGUGGAAAAUGUGGAUAA